AUAUUUUACUAAUAUCUUCAAGUUUUAUUUUUAUAAAAAAUCGUUUCUUACCCAUCACUAGUAUUAGCCUCCUUUCUUUAGAUAAAUCUCACAAUCAGCAUUAUUAAAUAUUUAUGAAAUCUGUAUUUUUUGUCUUUGUUAAAAAUAGGUAUGUUAAUUAGACCCAGUAUUUGCUGUAUUGCCUCUCUUUUUAAAUGUAGAAUUGCUAACUGUUGUAAUAAUUUAAGACAUUUUUGAAGUUACUUUUCUGCCGCAUUAUAAAUAGAAGUGAAAAACCUGUGACUUCUUGGAGCUUGCUUUCAGUGCUUAAACAAGUAGAUGUGGUAGAGUUAUUAAGGAUAUUGAGACAGUUAGUUAAGUAAAUAUUUAUUGAAUAAUAACUGUGUGCAAGUUUUUGUGCCAGAUAACCUAGGUUAACAGUGGUAGAUAAUAUGAUCCUUAUCUUUAAGAGUUUUCAUUUUAUCAGAUGAGAUGGUUAAUACAUUAUUUUAAACUCUAGAAAGUUGUAAAGUACAGAUGGGGAGAAAGUUUGGACUGUCUACUAGUAGAAGGUGGGGAGAGGUGAACAUAUUCCAGUUGAAUCUUUUGAGUUGUAUGAGAAUUGUACUCUAUAAUGCAAUGAGUCAUGACAUGUACAGUUAACUCUUUAACAAGUGGGGUUUAGGGGCACCCACUCUCCAUGCAGUUGAAAAUGCACAGGUGUAUAUAUACCUAGGUAUAUAGAAAUUGAACACAUCUGGUCAGAGCAGUUCUUCCUGAGGAAACUGACAGAAUCCUUUAUAGAACAUUUUCUUCCUUAUCGUCACUGACACUCGGUCAGCACUCACUGUGCACCAGGCUCUCCUCUGAGCGCUUCACUUGUGUUAUAUAUGUAAUCCGCAUUACAGAGGUGUGCGGGGAGCCUGACUGCAUCUCCUGUUUCAGACGGGGGUUGAGUCGUUUCCGUGCCCCUGGCGGUGUGCGGGCUGCUGUGCAUCCCGUGGAUUGCUUAGUCGUUACAGCAGCCUUCAUUCACAAAUAAGGAGAUGGAACUCUCUGAAGCUACAUAAUUUGAGUACACAUCUAUCUGACUUUAUAGCUCAUGUGAAGUACUAUAUUUUACUGGGUGGGAAGCUGCCUUCUUCUUGUUGAACUCUCACAUAAGGUAUAAAUAACAAUACUCAAUUUUGGGGGUACCAGCACUCUUGAUCAUCUAUGAAAGCUAUGGAUCUACUUUGCAGAACAGUGAGCAUAUGAAAAUAGUUUUUACUGCAGGUUUAGGAGAGUUCAAGUAUCCUUUGAGCCUGGCUAAAGAGCCUUUACUUUGGUAUGAUUCCUUGCUCUAGUCUAGACCAACUUUCCCCUUGCAAGGGUGCCAUGUUGUACUCUUUCCAUGAUUCUCAAUAUACGGAAAUAGCUCAUUUAUUACUUUGUACACUGUGUGUUAAACUGACAGAUACUUUAUUAAGAUUUUACCCACUUUUCCAUCUUGAGGUAACCCUUUUUUAAAGCAUUUGUAUAUGUUUAGCUCAUUUAUAUCCUUGUUAUUAAAAAUUCUGGAUCCAUCUUGCUCCCUCUCAGUAUCUGCUGAGUAAUGACAUUUAUGAAAGUUAAGAUUCCUUGUCAUUAAUAUUUAAUGUGGAUGUACUCAUUAAAUGUUAAACCACAUACCUAAUUAAAAUAUUUAAUAUAUAUUCACUGAUUUUUCUCCUUCAGAAGAAGGAUUAAUUUUAAAGAUAUAAAGUAUGUUCUGUUGUUAAAUAUCAGCUAGAAAUGGCUUUUGAAUUUCUAAAAUAAGAAAAUAAUAGAUAUAGUAAUCAAGUUCUUUAAUGUUAGAGAACUUUCAAAAUGUGUUUCUUUAAACUCUGAGAUAGUCUCUAUAGGGGCAUUUCAUAAAGUAUUUUAUGCCCUGUUAUUUAAGAGAAAAACAGCUGAUGGGGCCAGUUUAAAAUAAAAUGAGUCAUAGGAAAUUGGACUGUCUUAAGUAAUUGUGUAGUAAAUGAAGUUGUAAUUAUUUUAAGGAAAAAGAAACAAGGAACAUUAUUAUUUCAAGAUACAAAAUUAUUAUUGUUGUGAAGUUGGUGGCAUGAAUACAGGUGUUUUUUUUACUGUAUGUUGAGAUAGACAUGGAAACAUUUAACUCACAUCAUUCCUUUUUCAAUCUUUUAAAAGCACUCUGCUGUUAGGGUAAUCUUACAGGCAAGAGAUUGUGAAGGAUUAGCAUCUUUGUUUGUUGUGUCAUUCUUUGAUUGCUUAAUUGCCAUGUAGAAUGCAGAAUGUUCAAGAGAAGGGUGUUUAGUUCUUUAGCUCUUACAAAUCCCAACGAACCCUUAGGUAUGUUGUUCCUUCUUAGCAUUGUUAAAUCAGCAGUACCUUUUUUUUCUUUUUUGUUCAGUAUGUUGCAGGAAGAGGGGACCCGUUCCAGGGUGGAUGGGCCCCCGGGCGGAGCGCAGCGGGGCGACGCGGCCCGGAGAGCUGCUGGGCCUUGUGCUUUGCAGUCUCAGGUUGUUUGGUGAUGGGAUUCGUUUCGGGUUUGUCUCUGGCCAGUCAUUCUGACUCAGAGUCCUUCUUGGUGAAGCAUGCAUCGCUCAGCCAAGAUAGAUUUCAGCAAGGAUUCUGGGAGGUUGGUAGGACAUAUGGACUGGCAUCUCCUUUCUCCUUCUGACCUUUUCUGAAUUCUUCCAGUUGGUGGUAGCUUGUUAGUUUCACCUUCUUGACCAGGCCCUCCUGUUGUGAGACAACUCAUGCAGAUCUCACCGUGGGGUCUGGUUGGGGCAGGGAGCUUCGGUCAGUGGUCCCCUAAUGAGCGUCUGUUCAGUGACCUUUCUGUCCUUCCUUUGGUCACACAGGGCAGCUUGAGGGACUGUGAUUCCUCUACCAGGGGUCGAACCCGUGCUCCCUGCAUUGGAGGUGUGGAGUCUUAACCACUGGAUUGUUGGGGGAAGUACCUACUUAAUCUGUCUAAAACAAAUCAGAAAAAUUAAUUAGGGCUGUGUUUCAAAUAUUUAUUUAAAAACUUCUAUAGACCAAUUAAGAGAGUUUGGUAUUGGUGAAAACAUGCAUAGGAAAGGAAAGAGAUGUAAUGCUGAAAUGUAUGAUUAAAGUUCAUUAAACUCAGAUAGUGAGCUGGGUUGGGUGAGAAUAUUUCAGCUUUCUGGAAAGUCUUCAUCUCAUUAAAAUUUUUCCAAAUAUUGGUCAGGCAUUGGUCAUUGCUAAUUGGUUUUCAGAGGAAGCUAAUAAAUUAUAUAACACAAAAAAGUUUGACCUAGACCAAGUUUGGGGUGGAUUUCUUUCUUCAUGUAUUUUAUGUGUUGGGCUAAGUUCUGUGGGAGAAAAUGUAGUAGAGAGGGUUCACUUACACUUUGGCUGGAAAGACAAAAUGUACUCACAGAAAUUGAACUGUUAAAAGAACUAGAGGAAAGGAAUUGUUUAACAUUUCAGUGGAAGAGAAGAAAGCCAAAAUCAAACAAUAACACUAAACAAAAGGAAACUCCUCAAACUUUAACAAUGCACCAACGUCUUUGUGCUUUUCUUAAAGGGUUUCUUUCAAACCCUAACCUGUUCAUUCAUCAGACUUUGUGGUUUUUUUGUUUUUUUUUUUUUGGAGCAUCUGCUUGUGUGGCAUUGUGCAGAGCACAAGGGAUACAGUGCUGUCUGCCUUGAAGAUGCCUGUAGCCUAGUGGGACAGUUGAAAGUGAUCGAUCGUUUAAGUGCAGGUGUGAUGAAUGCUGAAUUUGAGGUAGGCAGAGAAUGUCUUGCUAUUCUUGCAAGCAUGGAGCCGCAGCUUGAAACUCAGCCAGGGACACUGGGCAGUGAGACAUUUAUCUCAGGAGAGGUGAGAUAUGGAUUGAGUUUCUAAAGAUAAGGAGAAGGUAUACAAGUGAAAAAAGGUAUGUUUGUGUAGUUGGAAAACUACAAAGAAAAAAAGCAUCAGAAUGUUGGCUCUUGAGCUUUGGAGCCCAUCUAAGGUUAUUAGAGUUCAUUACAAGAGAGGAAGGAAUGCUCUCAUAGUUAGAGUCAUAGAUAACUGACUACAUGACAGCAAUUGUAGAUGCAGAGAGGUGUGCACAUUGGGCUUAGUGACAGUCCACUAUUUUAAAGUAUGUUUUUGCAUAAAAUUUGAUGUUCAUAAUGAUGAAUUUGUAUGAUCAAGAAAAAAUUCAGACUGUAUUCAGUGUGCUGAAGAUUUCCAUCCAGAAUAGUUACAAGAGAAAAAUAAAUUUUGCUUAUUUAAAGAGGUUUGUUCCUUGCUGUCUGGAAAAUGUGAAAUUGUACAGUAGAAGGAAUAACUAACUUUCCAGGGAUUCCAAGAAAGUGCAGUUAUAUCAUAAUCUAAUAUAAAUUGUUCAUUAAAUGUGGUGGGAAUGUAGGGUAAAGGAAAGAAGGGAAUGAGUUGGUUAAGUCAGGAAAGUGAUUUUUUUAACUUGUAUUGGAGAAAAAAGCACAUUUCAGGGUUAACGAUAUUUAUAAAUAGUAGUGUUUUCUUUCCACCGUCACACUCGGCAGUGAUGCAGCGUGUCUCCUGACUCAGUGGGCUGGACAUUCUGAGCAGGUGUCCCGUGCCAGCUGCUGUGAAUGUUGGUGAAGCCCUGUCACUGUUGUAUCUAGGUCACCGCUUCUUAAAGCUUCAGGUGAAUCAGCAUCACCUGGUGGGGCCCAGCCUGAAGUUUCCAAAUCAGUAAGUCUGGGGUGAGGCCUACAAAUAUGAAUUUCAACAGGUAGCCACAUGCUGAUGCCACUGGCCCAGGGACAACACUCUGAGAACCACUGCUUUAGGUUUAGUGCAAGUCCUGCUGUUCCCCUUUCCCAUUUGUAAAAUGGAAAUCAAAAUAGGAAUCCUUUGAACCCAGAACUGUUUGAUUUAUACUUAUAUGCCUAAUACUAGGAUUUUAAGUAACAGUUUAAGUGUUUUUGCACAGUGAAAUAUUACAAUAGCUGCCACUUUGGGAAUACUUUUUAUAUAACAGGCAUUGUGAUGUAUUUUAUCUCAUUUAGUGUGUUCAGUGCAUCUUCACUGAAUCUUCAAGAUAUUCCUUAUUUUUCCUUUUAUAGAGAAAGAAACUGAAUUUAGGUAAUUUGCUUGUAUAAUUUUUGUGUGGUAGAGCCAGAAUUUAAACCCAGGUCUCCGUCUGAAAAACCCAUGCUCUUUUUUUUUUAAACUUUUUAUUUUUGCAUUAGGGUAUAGCCAAUUAACUAUUUCGUGAUAGUUUCGGGUGAACAGCAAAGGGACUCAACCAUAAAUAAACAUAUAUCCAUUCUUCCCCCAAUUCCCCUCCAUCCAGGCUGGCAUUUAUUUAGCAGGGUUCCCUAGGCUCUACAGUUGGUCCUUGUAACCCGUGAUAUUUCAGUAAUUCUGUUAGGCCUACUUGUAAGAUAACUUCAAUCAGUUUAUCCUCUGCUUGUGUUACUUGUUUCAGACUUUUUUCUAGAAAGUGAUGGUCUUUGAUGCAUCCUCAGAAUAGAAGCGUAUAGCACAUGUUUCAUGUUACUUGGUGUACAGAGCAGCUUAAUAUUGUGACUUUGAUAAUGAGAUUGUGUUUAUGUUUGUUCCUAGUUCUCAUCUUGGAUUUAAAAGCAGAAUUCACUUACCUUGUUCAGUUAAAUGAAUGGUUCAUUAUCAGUAAAUGAAGAUCAGAAGAAAGACAGCCCCUAAGUUGUACAGUGGGAAAUGACUGCUUCCAUUGCAGUUGUUAAAUCUAUGCUGGUCAUCUCCCAACUCACACACAAGCAUGUCUGUGGUAGGAAGUUAAGAGCUUUGUUAGUAGUGGGACUCUUGAACAAAUAAAAGCCAUCACUUCUCAUGUCAGUCUUCAGUGGUUCCUCUUCUGAGAAAAAGGAUAGCAAAUGGCCUAUAAGGUAUGUAUUUCUUGAAAAAUUAAGAAGUUAAUUUAUUACGCUUAUGUAGAGUGUUAUUUAUUAUAUGUAAAGGUAGUUUAAUAAGUGAUUGGACUUAUAGAGAACUUCUCGUUACUCUGUUCCUUUCCCCACGACCAUUAUGCCUAACUGCCUAGCAUUUUAAUAUUGAGUCAGAAAAGGACCUUGGAAGCUUAAGACCAUUCUCUGGGCUACUAUUAGCAAUGAACGAAGUAAAAAUCUACUUACUGUCUUGGCCUGCUCCCUUUAUACUACUGUAAGGCAGCACUGACCACCUGAGUCAUAUUCUAAAUCGGUUUUACUGCUAAAUAGCCAUAUUGCAAAUAAUGAGAUUUGGUAGAAUUAAUAAUAUGGUGUAAUAUUUAUACGUAAAUGUGGAAAUGGCCCCUUAUGUGCACGCUUUCUCAUAAGUACUCCAUAAGUCCUGUCCCUUUCAAAUAACGAGGUAACGAGCGUCACUUUGGUGGGUAGUCCUGGUGGCUGCAGGGCGAGAGAGGAUGGCGUGAGCCUGGUCUCCCUGUGCGACACCACUGGCUUCAGUGGGCUUUUAUAGGCCAGUCUGGGAACCUAACUGCCGAGUUCCAAAAGCAGGUUUGCUCACUAUAAAAUUUAUGUGUGCCUAUGAGAAAAAAAAAAAGAAACUCAGAAGUAUCAGAAGUAUAACAGGAAAAGAAGACCCAUAUCUUGCUACCUAAAGGGCCAUGCCAGUCAUGUUAGCAUGUUUCUUCCAGUUGUUUUGCUGUGUACUUAAGGAAAAAAUACUUCUGAAAUCAGUGUACCACAAUUUGAUAUCCCUCUGAAAAUUAUCGGCAACUUCUCAUUAAAAAGUCUUUCUAAAUAUGUAUUUUAAGAGUGCAAAUACCCAUUCCCCAAGGAAUUUUGUAUUUUUUUACUGUUAUAAAUAUGUUUAAACAAGUGACUCAUAGCUUUACUUUUUUGCUGGCUAAAUAAUACCAAUUAAGAAAAAAAAUCACUCGUUGCACGGUAGUGCGAGCACCUUACAGCUUCCGUUCUCAGGAUCGGCCGCCCUCCUGCGUGCUGAGCUGCUAGGAAGCCGCUGUUGGCGAGCUCGUAGGAGCUUGAGACUGUCGUCACCUCUCCAGUUUUAACCAGGGGGGGAAAAUGGUUGAGGCAGAUCGUCCAGGAAAGCUCUAUAUCGGUGGCCUCAAUACAGAAACAAAUGAGACAGCCCAUGAAGCAGUAUUUGGCAAAUAUGGGCGAAUAGUGGAAGUUCUCUUGAUGAAAGAUCGUGAAACCAAUAAAUCUAGAGGAUUUGCUUUUGUCACCUUUGAAAGCCCAGCAGAUGCUAAGGAUGUAGCCAGAGACAUGAAUGGAAAGUCCUUAGAUGGAAAAGCCAUCAAGGUAGAGCAGGCCACUAAACCAUCACUUGAAAGUGGCAGACGUGGACCACCUCCACCUCCAAGAAGCAGAGGCCCUCUGACAGGUCUUCGAGGAGGAAGUGGAGGAACCAGGGGGCCUCCAUCCCAUGGAGGGCACAUGGAUGAUGGUGGCUGUUCCAUGAAUUUUAACGUGAGUUCUUCCAGGGGACCACUUCCAGUAUAGAGAGGACCACCACCAUGAAGUGGGGGUCCUCCUCCUAAAAGAUCGGCCCCUUCAGGACCAGUUCGAAGCAGCAGUGGAAUGGGAGGAAGAGCUCCUGUAUCACGUGGAAGAGAUAGUUACGGAGGUCCACCUCCAAGGGAGCCCUUGCCCUCUCGUAGAGAUGUUUAUUUGUCCCCAAGAGAUGAUGGAUAUUCUACUAAAGACAGCUAUUCAAGCAGAGAUUACCCAAGUUCUCGUGAUACAAGAGAUUAUGCACCACCACCAAACGAUUAUACUUACCGUGAUUAUGGUCAUUCCAGUUCACGUGAUGACUAUCCAUCAAGAGGCUAUAGUGGUAGAGAUGGCUAUGGUUGUGAUUGUGACUAUUCAGAUCAUCCAAGUGGAGGUUCCUACAGAGAUUCAUUUGAGAGUUAUGGUAACUCACGUGGUGCUCCACCUACACGAGGGCCCCGCCAUCUUAUGGUGGAAGCAGUCGCUAUGAUGAUUACAGCAGCUCACGUGACGGAUAUGGUGGAAGUCGAGACAGUUACUCAAGCAGCCAAAGUGAUCUCUACUCAAGUGGUCGUGAUCGGGUUGGCAGACAAGAAAGAGGGCUUCCCUCUUCUAAGGAAAGGGGGUACCCUCCUCCACGAGAUUCCUACAGCAGUUCAAGCCGCGGAGCACCAAGAGGUGGUGGUCGUGGAGGAAGUCGAUCUGUGAUAGAGGGGGGGGCAGAAGCAGAUCUUAAAAACAAACAACUUUGGACCAAAAUCCCUGUUCAAAGAAACAAACAAAAGUGGAACCUGUUCUAUCAUAACUACCCAAGGACUACUAAAAGGAAAGAUAGUGUUACUUUUUUAAAAUUUCCUG